AUGGCCUCCGCCUCGUCCUCCACCGCGCCGCCGGUGGCCGAGAUGCCUGCUGCACCGGCCUCGUCCACCUCCGAGCCGCUCCCAUCAGCCGCGCCCGCCGCGCGCCCUCGCCGCCGCAUCCGCGAGGUGAGCUCGCGCUACCUCUCCACGCCGCUCGUCCCGGCCCCGUCCCCUCGCGUCUCGACCUCCUCGUUCCACUCCGCCACGCCGCUCCCUGCAGCAGCAGCACCGUCCCCUCGCCUCUCGACAUCCUCGUUCCACUCCGCCUCGCCGCUCCCAGCCCCGUCCCAUUCCUCCACGCCGUCCACGCGCGCGCACCACCACUUCAUGCCCGCCCACGCCGCCCCCACCGCCUCCUCUGGCCUCACCGACGAAAACCGCCCGCCUACGCCAGGAUCGCGCAAGCGCGGCGCGGCGCGGGAUCUGUUCGAGGAAAUGCACCGCCCGCGCCUGAACCCGCCCACGCCUCUCGCCGCCGCUGGUGUCCCCGGCGCCACCGCCACUCCCGGUCCCGGCCCAAGGCGCAUCCUCUGCCCGUCGUCCAGAGCCUCUCCUAACAUCACCACGGCGGGGCACCACCACCAACACCGUAGGCGGGGCUGUGUGCGACCAUCAACGCCAGCGCGCACCAGCUUCAGCUUCUAUAGCGCUUCGCCUGAGACCUCGGCCGCAGCCAUCGACUCCAGGGCAGCAACUCCCUGCCCUCGGCCUGUCCCGUUCCUUGAGCCAAGGACAUCACCGCCAGGGACAACAGAGGGGCCCGGCAUACCACCAAACCCAUUCUGCUUUCAGGCCCUAGCCUUGGCGCUGCCAGAUCGCCGCCAAGCAAAAACACCAGCAGCUGUGGUGAAGCACGCGCUGCUGCCGCCGCCUGCACGGAAGGUUGUAGUGGUUAAGAAGGGAGCAGCGGUGAUGGGAGGCGGCAAAGCUGCCGGGAAGCAGGAGGAUGUGCACAAGCUGCGGAUUCUGGAGAAUCGCUACAUGCAGUAUAGAUUUUUGAAUGCCCAGGCAGAGGCUAUGGCGAUAACCAAGAAAGCUGUUGCUGAGGAAUCACUAUAUGGGCUCUCGGAGAGGAUUGCUAAUCUGCAGAAAUCUGUUGCGCAAAAAAAGGCUGAACUGGAGUGUCUUAAGAGGAUGGAGAAGAUCGACUUUGUUGUUGAUGCUCAGGUGCCUUCCUUGGAACAGUGGUGUGAACUUGAGAGAGAACAUAUAAGUUGCCUUGCAUCAGGAACAGUUUCUCUCCUUAAUGCUGCAUCACGUCUACCAACCCGAGGGAACAUUAAGACCAACACUGGAAGAGUCAAAUUAGCUCUUAACUGUGCAAUGGAAAUUAUGAAACAGUUGUCUCCCUUUGCUGAGAAGUUGUCAAGAAAGGUUGAAGAAAUUGAGGAUGUGGCUUCUGAACUCAAUAAUGUGGUAUCAGAAGAGCAAGUGCUACUUCAAGAGUGUACUGACCUCUUACAUCAAGCGCAUGAUAUGCAGGUGAUGGAGGAUGGCCUCAGGAUCCAAGUGAUGCAGCUGAAAAAUCAAACCAAAAACAAAACAUGAAGGAAGUGAUCUUGUAGGUCAGUUAACUAGUGGAGGUAUAAGAUGGUUUAGCUAUUAUUGAUGUUGCAGUGCAUAUUAUUGGAUGAGGUAUAGCUGUUCUUGGCUACCAUGGUAUAAGGAACAAAAUAGUUGUUGAUUGUAGUUAUAAUCAACUUUAGAUGAUGCAGAGAGGGGCGCAUAUCAUAUAUUGGUAUACAAGACUGAGAAAAGGAUUGGCCGAUCAAGAAAUAUUGAUUCGGCUGUAGUUUAGGGUUUUUGUCUUCUCUAUAAUAUAAUGUAGAAGCAUAUGUAGUCUGCUAUAAUAAAAUAAAAGAAUAAAGAGCACAGAGAUGUUUGUGUUAGAAACCAAAAUUUGAAUAUCUGAAAUAAUGUAGAAGCACAUGCAUGUAGUUGUCUUCAGCUGUCACAGUUCAAAGCGUAUCUGAAAUAAUUCGUUCUUAUCAUGUGUGAA